CGACUAAUAACAGCUGCCGCCUCUUUGUCAGUCACCUCGGUCUCGCCACAAUUCACAAUUCAUAACAUCUUCCAUCUUCUCAUUGUCAUCAUCUUCUCUCCCCUUCAGCGAUACACAUCCACUCCCCUCUCCCUUCGGACUGCUUCUUGCCAUCCGAUCUCCAACUCCGCAGCGGCACUCCGUCUCCUCCCCUCCUGUCUUGGCACCAGAUCGCCACCCUUCAACUCGAGCACGGUCCCAUAUCUAGGCCGCUCGCACCUUGCUCGCUUCCCCGGCUUUCUCCAUCGCUCAACUUGUCAUCCCGAUCCCGCUUCCGCAUCCCCCACUAGACCGCCUUUACUACAUUCGACACUGCUUCCUUCCCCCCACUCUUCUCCACUUCACCCAUCCCCCACUUAUCAAGCCUCCCUGUCCUCUUACGUCCCCCCCCGCCAUGCCCCUCGCGCUCAAGCUCGGCGGGCACAAGCGCACCAAGUCGUCCGCGCCCGACACGCCGACCUCGAACGGAAGCUCCACCCCCAAUGGUGUCCAUGUGCCAUCUGACAUGAACGGCGACGCGCCUCGCUCGCCGCGCAUAGUCGUCACCGAGCAGCCGCCUUCGAUCCUGAAGGCGCACACGCCAUCCGUCUCCUCGGACUCGUCCGCCUCCAUGUUCACCAAGAAGCGAAUGAGCCUUAGCGAUAUGCGCGGCCUCAGCAUAGGACGUACGGAGACCACCGAUAGCCGGUGGAGCGCCGAUGAGCGCGAGUCGUCCUCUCCCAGUAGCAGCGGAUCAGGCAUGUGCCCGCUCCCCGAGAGCAGCCAGAAGGCGCCUUUCCCCUUCUUCAGCAUGACGCUCUCCGGUACGGCGACGCUCUCAUUCAUCGCGUUGCCUGUCCACCUCCGCCCCGCCGUUAUCGCCGGCGUGCGGAAGGCCUGGAAGCACGGUAUCCGCAGCAUGGACAGUGUCGAGUACGCCCCAGAGCUCAUGGAGUUCCACAAGAGGAAGGGGUGCGACGGCGGUGUCUGGGAGCUCACCUUGAAGGGCGACGCAUGGAAUCCCCGCUCAGAGGACAAGGUGUCUUCCAAGCGCAUCAUUCUCUACCUCCUCAUCGAGUUUGCAAAGCAUGGCUAUCAGCUCUCGACGAGCUACCGCAUGAGCGCCAAGGAUUCGGGCAAAGACACACUCGUCUUCAGCUCAUGUGACCCGGACCCGGACCCCGUCUUCUUCGCGGUGGCGUUCUACUCGCACGACCGCAUCUGGAUCAUCGACGCCGAGGCCGACGUCGGCCAGGCUCUGGAGGAGGGCAUCAAGGCGACGUGGGUGGACGGCGUCAAGGCUGCGCGCGUGCGCCAGCGCCAUUGCCGCGAAAUCAAGCUGGCCGGUACGCCCUGGGUCGCGCACAGCAAGAGCGCGCUGAUCAGCGCCCGCGUCAUCCACCUCACCAUCAUGAAGUACGUGACGCACAAGAGCAUGGGGUACGAGCUGGCGGGCAACGUCAACAUGGCCGACCUCGAGACGGGCGAGCUGCCCGUGUCGUUCUACCGCAAGACGGGCGCGGGCGAGUGGGGCACGUUUGACGCGCUCCCGGCGCCAACUCCGGUCAGUGAGGCGGCGCGGCGGAGCAUGACGGUCGGUGUUUAGGGUGCGGAUAGGUGUAUGUACAUUACCACGAUAGACGGUGCAUGACAGCGGGGUGUACGGCGA